AUGGCUCACAAGAAGGGAGCCGGAAGCACCAAGAACGGCCGUGACUCUCCCGGCCAGCGCCUCGGUGUCAAAAUCUUCGGAGACCAGCUCGCCAAGCCCGGAGCUAUCAUCAUCCGCCAGCGCGGGACCAAGGUUCGACUUUCAACUGGCAUUGCAAGUUUUUUAGCUAGGCAAUUUUAUAUGGACGAUCCUGAAUUAUUGGGAUUUGAAAUUGGUUCCAGUUCGGGUGAAUUCGAGUUUAGUACUUUGAAUAUAAAUUUCAUACCUUUUCAUACAACUGAACUCCUCAUGAGCCUUGAGGUUUCGUGUCGUAUUAGAUGUUUUCACGAUCUGGGAGCAAUUAUGUCAAUGUGCAGUGGUAUUGGUUACUAUAUGCAAUGGUAUAGAUUGUUUAUAUUGGUAGUUUUCAAGUAA